AUAAGGACCUACACACAAACUACUUGCAUAUCCUCCCCUGACUGGAACCUAACUAUAUAAUACUCAUCCUCAUGGUAAUAGAUAUCAGGUUCUGCAGCUUAGGACCGAUUUUGGGCAAUAAACCUAGGCAUAUAGUUAUACCAGAAAGAUCCCCAAUUAGAUAGGCUAUCAAGGCAUACUUCCACUUUUGCAUUUCAGUAUCUACUUCCGACUACUUAACCGUCUUGCACUUCCGAGGAAAAAUGAUUAACGAAAGUCAAAUUCAAGAUGCGACUACGACUCGGGGCAACUAGUAUUGCCUCAACAAGUUGAGCAAAUGCUCCGCAACUAAUGGCACCUGCGGAGAAGCCUGAAAAAUUUGCGGGCAUUGACUUUAAGCGAUGACAACAAAAAAUGUUCUUUUAUCUCACCACUCUAUGCCUUCAAAGGUUCACUAGUGAGGAUGCUCCUGAGGUACCCGAGGGAACCUUGGACAAAGAGCAUUUCAUGAUUGUAGAGGCUUGAAAGCACUCAGACUUUCUUUGUAGGAAUUAUAUCUUGAGUGGUCUCCAAGAUGACCUCUACAAUAUUUACAGUGGAACUAAGACAUCGAAGGAAUUAUGGGGGGCACUAGAACGAAAAUAUAAGACAGAGGAUGCGGGAAUUAAAAAAUUAUUUAUUGCAAGGUUUCUGGACUUUAAAAUGAUAGAUAGCAAAUCGGUUGUCUCUCAAGUUCAGGUAUUGCAAGUAAUCAUCCAUGAUCUCUUAGCAGAAGGUAUAUCUUUGAAAAAUACCUUAGAUGAACAAAUUGAAACUGUUCUUAGUACUCACAUAAACUAUUUUGUAGGUUUGAUUGUGAAUGAUGCAUUUCAAGUAGCAGCGAUCAUUGAAAAGCUACCACCUCUGUGGAAAAACUUCAAAAACUACUUGAAACACAAACGCAAGGAGAUGACUGUCGAAGAUCUUAUUAUUCGACUAUGUAUUGAAAAGGAUAAUAAGGCUGCUGAGAGAAGGUCAAAAGAGAAUUCUAUAAUUAAUGGAGCACGUAUAUUAGAAGAUGACCAAAACAAUUCUAAGAAAAGAAAGAAAGUUGAACAAGGAAAUAAUAAACCCAAGAAGAAAUUCAAGGGAAAGUGCUUCAACUAUGACAAGAUUGGCCAUAAGUCCACGGAUUGUCAUGCCCCUAAGAAAGGCAAGAAAAAAAACCAAGCAAAUAUGAUUGAGUCCAACAAAGAAUGUGAUGAUCUGUGUGCUAUGUUUUCAGAAUGCAACUUGGUGGGGAAUCCUCACGAGUGGUGGAUGGAUUAUGGUGCCACCCGUCAUGUUUGUACCAACAAAGAGUUGUUUUCGUCAUUUGCUCACUCAAGUAGAAGAAAUGAUCUGUAUGGCUAACUCCGCUAUGGCUAAGGUAGAAGGAACAAGAAAAGAGGGCUUGAAAAUGACUUUAGGAAAGGUCUUGACACUUAACAAUGUCUUGUAUGUUCCUGAAUUAUGUAGGAACUUGAUUUCUGUUUCGCUUCUAGAUAAGAACGGAUUCAAAUGUGUAACCGUUUCUGGAAAAAUUGUAAAUAGCAAAGGAGAAGUGUAUAUAGGAAAAGGCUAUCUCACCGAGGCCUUUAUAAGAUGAAUGUAAUGAAUAUUGAAAUCAAUAAAAGUUCAAAUUC